UGUUGAGUUGAUCAGUGCUUGUUUCCACAUAAAUUUCUAUAAUGCCGGAUAAACCAACUAAAACGGAAGCCAAAAAAGAUGAUGUAGCUGAACUUGAAACGCAAUUCAUCAUGCGCAUGCCAAAGGAACCGUCGGGUGCUCUUCGUGAGGCGAUUCAAAGUGGCGCAAAUAACUUGAAGGAUCGACUGUUUAUCCGUUUGGACAACGAUCUACGUUAUGGGGAGGUCCGGUUCGACCAUUGGUUGCUCCACGCCAAGGUGGUUGAUCUUCCAACUAUCAUAGAAUCGCUGAAAACGAUUGAUUCGAAAAACUUUUAUAAAACCGCCGACAUUUGCCAAAUGAUGAUUUGCAAGGAGGAGCCCGAUCAGCAGUCCGCGGAAGAGGAAUCGCCGAAUAAGAAUAAGAAAAAAGAUCCUAACAAAGUUGACAAGAAGUACCUUUGGCCGCACGGAAUUACACCACCGUGUAAAAACGUACGCAAACGACGGUUCCGUAAAACGUUGAAGAAAAAAUAUGUCGAGGCGCCGGAAAUAGAAAAAGAAGUGAAACGGCUAUUGCGGGUGGAUAACGAUGCGGUGAACGUCAAGUGGGAGCUCAUCACCGAGGAGGAAGAUCCAAACAAACCGUCCCCGGGUUCGGGAACGGACAACGGGGCCCCGAACAAGAGCCCAUCGAAGAACACUAAAAAGAGUAGUUACAACAAGGAGUUGGGCGAGCACGAUAUCUUCGGUGAGGAAGUUUCCGAUUCCGACGAAGAAGAUAAUCCGAUCAACAAGAACAUCGACAUCGACGAAAGCAGCCGGUUGUCGGCGGAAGCUGACGAUAGCCGACUGUCCGAUUCCAGCUCCUACCAGGGAACGCAACAGGGUGAACGGAAUCCAGCGACCGAAUUUAACAAGAGCAUGUUCAGCGGAGCUGGUUCUAGCAGUGGAUAUCGGGCGUCUCGGCGUUCCGACACGGGUGCCGGUGGAUCGAAGUCCAUGUCCUACUUCCAGGGUGAGAGCUCACGUAUGGAUUCCGAUAACGAUUCGUCCGACAUGCCACAGGGUGGCGGUUUUGGCAAUAGUCAAAACAGCAACGCGAACAGCGCAACUGCUAGCGUUAACAAUAAUGCGCGAAUCUAUGAGCUUCAGCGACAAAUUAGCGACCUUAAAGCGCAACGAAACCAGAAGGAGCAAGAAAUUCGGACCAUCGAAAAUCAAACGCUGCGGCAAAGGCUGCAAGACAAGCUGGAUAGCUUGCUUAUGGAGAUUGAAGAUAAGGAAAAGGAGAUACAAGAUCUUCAGGCUGGAGAUAAAUAUAAUUUGGAUUAAAAAUUUGCGAAGAUAAAUGCGGGCAAUCCAGCGGAUUAGUCAUCGUUUCAAACAAUAUAUGUAUUUGUUUUGUAUCUAAUAAACUAUAUAUAUAGCCAAAUAAACUUUAGAUGACAAUAUUGUGGGCUGCAAGAUAUACUCAAGUACUUUACAAUUCGCUACCGUUCAACGACAUGGGACAUUUUUCGUUGAAUUUAUUUUUGAAACAUUGACUUGUCGUUUUAGUUUGUGAACUAAAAUAAAUUGAUAAGCUCACUGUAGAAACCGGUCUUACCUUCAUUAAAAUAAUGGUAUUGUAACAUUUGUACGUAGGCAUAAAUCCUUUUCACAAAACUUACCUUCUUUUUGAUUAGCAACUCAAGUUAGACAAUUGAUGACAACAAAAAGUCUAGUUAUUGACGAAUAGAAAAACGGUAAGGCAUAAACUUCGUCUAUAAAAAGGAUUUAUUUUUCUUUGUAAACAGUUAUAAGAUCGCUUCUACGGCGCUUCUACGGCGCUCUGGGGAAUGUGUGUGUUGUGUGUGUCUUUUUUUAGAAAUGUAAGUCUCGUGUGUAUAACUAUGUUUUCCCGUUUACAAUAACUACAAUAAACUUUACUUUGUUUUCACU